UCUAAACAAAAAGACGCCAUGUUGGCUAAUAAGGACGAUCGAAUAGCAAGAACGAUGAUUGGUCGAGGGAACUACCGUCGUCCAAUCACAAAGCAGUUUGUUGGUUCUCCUUCAGCGCUACAAACAAGAGGCUGCGAGACUGAACGGCGGGGAAACGGUCUAGAAUCUUCGGCUUGUCCUGUAAACAUGAGCAGGAUAGCUGUUUUCCUACGGCGUACGUUUGGAGUAGUCCGAGAGCACGUCGGGACAGACCAUUUUGGGAAUAACUAUUUCUUUGUCCCCGAGCAGAGAACAUGGACAGGAAUGCGUCUCCGUGCCAGGCGGAUUGUAGUGCCAGCCAAUCCUGCAGUGGAUGAAUAUGUGGAGGGCAACAUUCCGAUAGAGUGGGAUGCGUGGAUUCGAGGCAAGCGGAAGGAGCCCCCCUCCAUCGAGGAGCUCACGAUGAAUGWGUCCCAGAGGAAGGCGAUUAAGCUGAAGGCCAAAGAGCUGGAGCAGAAAGAUCAGGCUCUGCGGGCUAAAGAGUACAAGGAAGGUCUGGUGGCGACUUCUACAAAGACUGCAGCCAAGGGCCACGCAGCCGCCACCGUCUAUGGCAAGCAGGAGAUCAGCGAGGAGCCAAGCAGCACCGCGAACACGUUCCAGCCCGGAUCCUGGAAGCCCACUUCAAAGAAAUAAAACGAGACACACACGGAGGAUACGGAGUUAAUGAAAUCCACAAGAAAGGCUCUGGAAUCAAAACAAUGAUAACCUUAGCUGGAAUUCAAGGUUAGAAAAGUUCAGUUAUCCAAGUCAGAAACAUCAUAAAACUCAUGAUUUCAGCUGGCGUCAGGUUUGGAUUAAACUUUGUUUUCGUGGAGUAUUUUUAGUGUAAUUUUACUAUAAGUACUACUCAGGUUUGGUGGACACUGUAGGAAAAAUCACAUCCUAAAAACAUCUGUAAAACCUGAAUACAUCCCAAGACUGUGUAGCUUGUGGAGCAACGUAUUUAAAUAAAGUUUAAAGAUGCACUGUA